AGCAGCCCUGGUGAUGGCUCUCAUCUGGGCUCUGGCGGCAGGGUCCCGGACCCUUGAAGCAGGAGCUGCUAAAGAACACACUGCUGCUGAAAGCCAGAAGUGCCCUGGCCCAUGCUUUUGCAGCUACGACGAUUGCAACGAUGAGUUGAGCAUCUACUGCAGUUCUCGGAACCUCACAAGCCUCCCUGAAGAUGUACCCAGGGCCGUGAGGCUGUUUUGGUUGGAUGGCAAUAAUUUCACCUUGUUGCCGGCCCUGACCUUCCGAAACCUUUCCAACCUGGAAUUCCUCAAUCUCCAAGGCAGCCAGUUGAUGCUCAUCGAACAGCACGCCUUCCAUGGCUUGGAAGGGCUGUACUCCUUAUUCCUGGAGCGCAACCGUUUGAAAUCUUUGACACCCAACAUUUUCCUCCACUUGCAGAAUCUGGCCUCCUUAAAUCUCAACAACAACCAGUUCAGCAAGAUCGAAGAAGGUGUGUUUGCUGGACUAUCCAACCUCUGGUAUUUGAACCUCGGCUGGAACUCUCUGGUGGUCCUACCAGACAGAGUGUUCCACGACCUUCCCAACCUGCGGGAGCUGGUCCUGGCAGGCAACAAACUGCACUACUUGCAGCACCAGCUGUUCUACAGCCUCACCGAGCUGAGAGAACUGGAUUUGAGUGGGAACACCCUCAAGGGCAUCAAAGGCAACAUUUUCACGAAGCUGCAGAAGCUGCAGAAGCUGUACCUGCACCACAACCAAAUCAACGCCAUCGCCCCUCGUGCCUUUGUGGGCAUGAAGUCUCUGCGGUGGUUGGACCUGUCCCAUAACCGUUUGACCACACUGUUUGAGGACACGUUCUUUGGCCUCUCAACCCUGCAUGUUUUGCGCCUCUCGAGCAACUCGAUCACUGGUCUGAGGCCGAGGACUUUCAGAGACCUUCAGUUCUUGGAAGAGCUGCAGCUGGGGAAUAACAGGAUCAGGAGCCUGAUGGAAAAGGGUUUUGAAAAACUUAGUCAACUCGAAGUCCUUGCACUUAAUGACAACCAGAUUCAAGAGAUCAGGGCUGGGGCAUUCCUGGGCCUCACCAACGUGGCUGUGAUGAAUCUGUCGGGCAAUUGCCUGAAGGGCCUCCCAGAUUUUGCUUUCAGAGGUCUCAGCCAGUUGCACAGCCUUCACCUGGAGAACAGCUGCCUCAGCAGGAUCAGGCCACAAAUGUUUUCAAACCUCUCCAGCCUCCGGAGACUUUUCUUGCGGCACAACACAAUCACCAUGAUUGAGGAUCACGGCCUAAGUGAUUUGCGUGAACUUCUCGAUCUGGAUCUGAAGAACAACCGGCUGACCAGGCUUCUCCCCAAUCAGUUGGCAGGCCUUGGGAACCUAGAGUAUCUUCUCUUGUCCUCCAACCAGCUGUUGGAAAUCUCUCCCGAAGCCUUCACCCCGCUUCGGCGCCUCUCCUGGCUCGACCUCUCCAACAAUUACUUGGAGAUGCUGGACAGGGAUGUCCUUGCACCCGUAUCAAAACUGGAGUAUCUGAAUGUCAAGAACAAUUCGCUCAGAACCUUCUCAGUGGAUUGGCUGGGCCCUUCCCCAAAACUGGCUCAGUUGUGGCUGGCAAGGAACAAAUGGGAAUGCAAUUGCUCACUGAAAGGACUGCGAGACUUUGCUUUGCAAAACCCCAGUGUGGUCCUGCGGUACACACAGUCCAUUACAGAAGGGGACACUCCUGUGUACUCCUACAACAAUGUCACCUGCCUUACCCCGACAGAUGUGACAGGGAUGGACCUGCGAGAUAUCCCUGAAGGCCAUUUUGUUGAUUGCUAACUACCUGUCUUUCUUUCCAAAACACUUCCUCCUGUUUUCUGCUUAUCUGGUGUUAGCCCCGUAUUCCAGAUCCUCUGGUUUGUCCACUGAGUCAUAGAACAAGACUGUCAAGGCUAUACACAACUGAGGCUCUUCCCCCACACUCCUUCAAUUUCGUUGCGUGCAGGGGAAGAACAAAAUGAAACCAUCCCUGAGUUUUGAUCAGGGCUGUUUUCACACUGUUUACCGGGCACGGAACAUUGCGCCAAGCUCCCGGAACGACAGCAUCUUCCUGGUGCAAUUUCACGCGAGAAUGGCAGUGUCGUUCUGGGAGCUUGGCGUGAUGUUCCGUGGCAGGUAAUCAGUGUGAAAACGGCCCAGGCGUCUUUUAGGCAGGUCAUAAUGCCCAACUAUCUUAAUCCUCCCAUAGUCCCUCCUGAGUUCCUUCCCUUGCUGUUCCCAAGAACUGGCGAUCCACUGCUAAACUUGGCACCGUAUGCCUCGCUUGCUUGAGCCAAAUUCUCCACUACUCCACGUGCUAAAAUAUACCAAUGAUGAUUUUUUUUACAAAAAAAAAACGGGACAGGGUAAAGUAAGAGAAUGUGGACUGCUGCAAGAACACGAUAGAAAUCUCCCCACCCCCCAAAGUGCCUGGUAGGGAAUGAAGCUGUCACUAAUAACUGAAAACUAUAAGAUCGUAUCAACACAAUGUAAUAGAAGUUUAAAAAAACUGUCAUGAUAAUAUAAAAGGAAGAGAUGAAAUACCAAGUACUAGAAAUAUCACUGAUCACUCAGAUGAGCAAAGAGCCCUCUUUUAUUUUGAGUAUGGAAGGUUGAUCCAUUUAUUAGCUAAGAAUGGUCCUUAUUUGUAGAGAACUGGUGUGGCACAGCAGUCUGAGAGCUGGACUAGGGAGUUCAAAGACCUAUGGUUCAAAUCCACACCCUACCUUGAACUGUGUAAAUCUGGGUCCACAUUUAGCUGGAUAAUUUCAGGCCAGGCGUCAUCAGCCUAGCCUACUUUGCAGGGUUGUUGUAAGUGUAAAAGGGGGUGGGGGAGAUGAUGUGUGCUAUCUUGGGCUUUUCAGAAGAAACGUCGUGUAAAUAAAAUGGUAAGAGGGGAAAAUUA